AUGGCAACUUCUUCCGUUGACUCGCUGCUUGCUGUGACGUUGGUCUUCUGCUCGAAGCCUGGGCUCGAGUCUCUAGCUCACGUUGUCGAGUCGGUAUCGACUUUCCUGGAUUCAUCAGUGGAGUUACCGAUCAAGAAAGCCUGUCGUUUCAAUUCCAUUCGCCUCUUAGACCGUAUUUGGGAUAGCUCCCUCGAAGUCGCAGCUUCUUCGGAUUCCUCGUGGUCUAUUCGCAAUCUCCUGCAUACAGAAACUCAUUACAGAGGCUUCCAGUUCACAUUCUCUAUUAUGGAAGCUGUUAAACUGAGGAAUGUGGAGAUGGUUCACUGGCUUUGCGACCAUUUACCUGGUUUCAUGGUAACCCAACAAUGUUUGGAGGAAGCUGCAUCUAUCGGGACUUUAGAAAUUCUCCAAUAUUUUCUCGAUAACGGAUACAAUCUCAAUUCACUUGAAAGUGAAGACUACUUCGAGGACGAUACUGAAGAGGGGAAGAACUUCUGUGUCGACUGGGGCUACGAAGACGCUGCAAAAGCUGCCACUGCCGGUCAUAGAGACAUCGUUAUGUGGCUAUACGAACAGGCAGGGAGUGAUGCGAGAAACAAUGAAGAAACGUUAAAGGCUACUGUUGCAAGUGGAGAGGUAGACUUGUUAAGGUGGCUGUUGGAAAGAAUAAGUAUGACACGCUGUAGAGGCAUGCAUGAAGCCGCCGCCAAUGGGCAUGUUAACAUGCUUGAGUUCUUGAUAGAUGAAGGAUUCGUACAAGACGACUUCGUUGGGUUGCUGCUGAGAGCUUCAGAAGCUGGUCAGAUGCGUGUAGUGCGUUGGAUCAUUGAUAGAGACUGGAGUAUUGAGACUUCAAGUGACCACGAAAACGGCGAAAGUAGCCCUUUUGGCUAUAAUUCCGAUGAUGAGAGAAGUUCUCGAAGACAUAGCACCAGUUUGGGUGGUGAAGCAAGUCUUGCAAUCCACAGUGCCGCUGUGAACGGACAUCUGGAAGUUGCCAAGUAUCUACACGCUCGUGUUGGCGGGCCUCUCAAUGCUAAAGAUGAAGAAAUUGAGCAAGUAAGACAACGCCAGACCAUCCGAGCUAUUAAAGACCUUGGGCUAAAUUUUGAACCGAAGAUGGUCUCAGGCAGAACCAUGUUCCUCGCCGCUCAAAAAGGCCUUCUCGAAGUUGUACAGUGGCUUUAUCAGACGUAUAGCAACGACCCAACACUCAACCUCUUCUGGUCUCGUAAUGACGAUACUUACGUAAAUGAAAGUGCAUUCGACGCCGCUGCGAGUAAUGGCCACUUCGAAGUCCAACAGUUUCUACAUCAAGCUGCAAAAGACUUUUCCGAGGAGAAUUUAAAUAAAAGAAGACGCCUGCGCAAAUUCCCGGACCCGAUCUACCCCUCGUCACCGAGAGAAAUGGAACUGCACACUGAACCAUCCAAGCCUGGUUAUACAACUGCAGCAAUGGACGGAGCGGCCGCCAAUGGCCAUUUACAUGUUUUACGUUGGCUUUUUGAGAAUGAAAAUAAAGGAUGCACGACAGAAGCCAUGAGUCUUGCUGCACGAAAUGGACACUUUGAAGUUGUCCAGUGGCUUUACAAAAACGUAAAGAUAAAGUGGACGUCGAGCGCGAUGGAUGGUGCUGCUUCUGGCGGUCAUAUGGAUAUUCUAAAGUGGCUGCAUGCACGUGGUUUAGGCUGUACCGUAAGUGCUAUGGACGGAGCUGCUCGUGGCGGACAUUUUGAAGUCGUGAAAUGGCUCAACGAUCACAGAUCCGAAGGAUGCACCACUGCAGCAAUGGAUGGUGCGGCGUCCAGUGGAGCAUUGAACCUUGUCAAAUGGCUACACGAGCAUCGCUCUGAAGGCUGUACAAGCACAGCGAUCUACAAAGCCGCUUUGCACGGCCACUUAGAUGUCAUCAAAUGGCUACAUGUGCAUUACAGUGAAGAGUUUCCCGCCUUCGCAAUGGAAAAUGCUGCACUUUCCCUGUCGUUUGAGACUGUUUUGUUCCUACAUCGAAUAAAACGGGGAGGGUGUACAAAAGCUGUUAAAAUUGUGGAAUAUCUAAGUCUGGACAUGCUGGGAUGGAUCCGCGAGAAUUAUCGCGACGCCUUGUCGGACGAACUAGACAGAUUGGGCUAG